UCCAAGACCUGAUCGCGAAAGAAGAAAGAAUGCAUCAACGAUUUCUCCGAUUCUCCAAAACUGCAAUAACUGUUACUCGCUCUGUUAUCUUUCCGCCAAAACUACAACCACUUUUCUUCCACUCCUCAUCAGCCCACCUCCACCGGCCGCUAGAGCAAAAACAACAGCAAGACGAAGAACAAAAACUGAAACAAGAACCUCCAAAUCCCAAUAUCAUUUCCAAAUCCCUAAUUGGGUCACCAGCUCGAGUCCAAAAGCUCAUCGCUUCCCAAUCAGAUGCUCUCCUUGCCAAAGAAAUAUUCGAUUACGCUUCUCGCCAGCCUAAUUUUCGACAUUCUUACUCCUCUUAUCUCGUUCUUAUUCUCAAACUUGGUCGGUCCAAAUACUUCUCUCUUAUUGAUGAAAUUCUUAUUGACCUAAAAUCCAAACAUUAUGUUGUAAAAUCGAAUGUUUUCUCUUAUAUUAUCAAAAUCUAUGGCGAAGCUAAUUUGCCAGACAAGGUUCUUAAAACGUUCUACAAAAUGCUUGCAUUUAACUGCAAGCCUUUGCCCAAACAGUUAAACCUCAUCCUUGAAUUCCUUGUUUCUCAUCGGAACUACAGGAAACCUGCCUUGGAUCUUUUAAAUAAUGCUCAUAGAUACGCUGUUUCGUCCAACACUAAAUCCUACAACAUUUUGAUGCGCGCCUUUUGUUUUAGUGGGGAACUCAGUGUUGCAUACAAGCUGUUCAAUCAAAUGUUUAAGAGAGAUGUUUUACCAGAUGUCGAGUCUUAUCGAAUUUUGAUGCAGGGAUUAUGUAGAAAAAGUCAGGUUAAUGGAGCAGUUGAUUUGUUGGAGGAUAUGUUGAAUAAAGGGUUUGUGCCUGAUUCUUUGAGUUAUACUACUUUGUUGAAUAGUUUGUGCAGGAAAAAGAAGCUCAGGGAGGCAUAUAAGCUUCUCUGCAGAAUGAAGUUUAAGGGGUGCAAUCCUGAUAUUGUUCAUUAUAAUACAGUCAUACUGGGAUUUUGCAGAGAAGGACGUGCAAUGGAUGCUUGCAAGGUUCUUGAAGACAUGGAGUCCAAUGGGUGCUUGCCUAAUCUGGUGUCUUAUAGGACUUUGGUUAGUGGGUUAUGUGAUCAAGGGAUGUUUGAUGAAGCAAAGAGUUACUUGGAAAAAAUGAUAUCAAAGGGGUUUUCUCCACAUUUUUCAGUUUCUCUUGCUUUGAUAAAAGGGUUCAGCAAUAUAGGCAAGAUUGAAGAAGCUUGUGGAGUGGUGGAGGAAUUGCUAAAGCAUGGAGAAGCUCCUUGUGCGGAGACUUGGAUGAUUUUGGUACCAAGGAUUAGUGAAGUAGAUGACUUGGGGAGGAUGGGAGAAAUUCUAGACAAGGUCAGGAUGCUAGAAAUAAAGGGUGACACAAGAUUAGUGGAGGCUGGUAUUGGUUUGGAAGAGUACCUGAUCAAGAAAAUACAAACAAAAUGAAGAAACAAGAUUCCUAAAUCUCAAGAAGAAGAUGAAUCCACUGUAUCUUCACCCACUCUUUCCUCCUCUAUAAAGUUUGGCACGCCGGAGGCUUUGGACCACGUGCGUAACCUUACCGACGUUGGCGCUAUGACGCGGUUGCUCCAUGAGUGCAUAGCUUACCAGCGGGCUCUGGACGUCGACCUCGACAACCUCCUCGCCCAACGCACAGAUCUCGACAAGCACCUCAUCCACCUCCAGAAGUCUGCGGAGGUUCUCGAUAUUGUCAAGGCGGAUUCCGAUCAUAUGCUUUCCAAUGUCCGCUCAACCUGUGACCUUGCCGACCAUGUGAGUGCCAAGGUUCGAGAGCUUGACCUCGCCCAGUCGCGGGUUAGCGGCACGCUUCUCCGCAUUGAUGCGAUUGUGGAAAGAGGAAAUUGCAUCGAGGGAGUCAAAAAUGCUCUGGAAGUGGAGGACUACGAGAUGGCUGCCAAGUAUGUUCAGACAUUUCUGCAAAUUGACGCGAAAUAUAAGGAUUCUGGAUCGGACCAGAGAGAUCAGUUGGUAGCGUCGAAGAAGCAACUGGAAGGAAUAGUGAGGAAACGACUUUCAGCUGCUGUGGAUCAGCGAGAUCAUCCAAUGAUUCUGCGAUUUAUUAAGUUGUAUUCGCCGUUAGGAUUGGAGGAAGAAGGGUUGCAGGUGUACGUGGGUUACUUGAAAAAAGUGAUAUCCAUGAGAUCUAGGCUUGAAUUUGAGCAAUUGGUGGAGUUGAUGGGACAGAGUCAUAAUCAGAAUCAGGUUAACUUCGUUGGGUGUUUAACAAAUUUGUUUAAAGACAUUGUUCUGGCUAUUGAAGAAAAUGAUGAAAUUUUGAGGAGUCUGUGUGGGGAGGAUGCAAUUGUUUAUGCCAUUUGUGAAUUACAAGAGGAGUGUGAUUCGAGGGGUUCUUUGAUUUUGAAGAAAUAUAUGGAGUACAGAAACUUGGCUAAAUUAUCAACUGAGAUUAAUGCCCAAAACAAGAAUUUACUUACUGUUGGAACGCCAGAAGGGCCUGACCCAAGAGAGGUUGAGUUGUAUUUGGAAGAGAUACUUUCGCUGAUGCAAUUAGGUGAAGAUUACACAGAAUUUAUGGUAUCAAAGAUCAAAGCAUUGAGUUCUGUUGAUCCAGAAUUAGUGCCACGAGCCACCAAGUCCUUUAGGAGCGGAAGUUUUAGCAAAGUACUGCAAGAUAUUACUGGUUUUUAUGUAAUUUUGGAGGGAUUUUUUAUGGUUGAAAAUGUAAGGAAAGCAAUUAGGAUAGAUGAGCAUGUGCCUGAUAGCCUUACCACUUCUACUGUGGACGACGUGUUCUAUGUUUUGCAGAGUUGCUUGAGAAGGGCAAUAUCUACUUCUAAUAUUAGCUCUGUCAUUGCAGUUUUGAGUGGGGCUAGUAGUUUAUUGAGUAAUGAAUACCAUGAAGCUUUACAACAGAAAAUGAGAGAACCAAACCUUGCUGGGAAGCUGUUUUUGGGUGGUGUUGGUGUGCAAAAGACUGGGACAGAGAUUGCAACUGCAUUGAAUAAUAUGGAUGUGAGCAGUGAGUAUGUUCUCAAGCUAAAACAUGAGAUUGAAGAGCAAUGUGCAGAGGUAUUCCCUGCACCAGCAGAUAGAGAAAAGGUGAAAUCUUGUUUGUCAGAGUUGGGUGAUAUGAGCAAUACCUUCAAGCAAGCCCUGAAUGUUGGCAUGGAACAACUUGUGGCAACUGUGACACCUCGAAUCCGUCCAGUGUUGGAUGGAGUAGCAACCAUUAGCUAUGAGCUAUCUGAGGUGGAAUAUGCAGAUAAUGAGGUAAAUGACCCAUGGGUCCAGAGACUUCUCCAUUCUGUUGAGACAAAUGUGUCAUGGCUCCAGUCACUAAUGACUGCCAACAAUUACGAUUCAUUUGUCCAUUUGGUUAUUGACUUCAUUGUGAAGAGGCUUGAAGUGAUAAUGAUGCAGAAGAGGUUUAGUCAGCUUGGAGGCCUUCAACUCGACAGAGAUAUAAGGGCACUGGUGAGCCAUUUCUCCAGCAUGACUCAGAGGACUGUUAGAGACAAGUUUGCUCGUCUCACUCAAAUGGCAACUAUCCUCAACUUAGAGAAGGUAUCUGAGAUUCUAGAUUUCUGGGGUGAAAACUCGGGACCUAUGACCUGGAGAUUAACCCCUGCUGAGGUUAGGCGAGUGUUGGGUCUCAGGAUUGAUUUUAAACCUGAAGCGAUUGCCGCUCUGAAAUUGUAAUCGAAAUUGCCUUCAUUUUCUCAACCCAGUGGACCAACAACACAAAAUCACAUCCGAGAUGCAGUCUUUUUCUGGCGGGCUAGGACAUUGCUAUAUUCUUUUAUUGUUUGCUGAGCUUCUGAUAUCGAUUUCUUCUCAUCUUUUAACCCAAGUUUUCCUCUGCUAUAUUUUAUUGAGUUUGUCUGAUCUUUGAACUUUUUUACACUCGAGAAACGUAAAACAUGCUUAGAUUGCGAGACAACCAAUGAAUUUUGCUUGUACAAAUUUGGACAAAUUUGCAGUAUAAUACUUCAUCCGUUUGUAAUUGGGAGAUAGAGCAAAGUAAUUAUAUUGUUCUUGUGUAAAGAAUAAUUCCUUUCACAUUAUUGUAGCACUCAUUAUAAUUACUCCUUUUUUAUUUUUUUAUAAA